AUGAGUUCUGAACCUUGGGCCGGAUCAACAGUUGAAUCUUGGCUAGAGAAUGUUGUUGAAUCCUCCAAGGCAGAGUAUCCGGAAGAAGUUGUGGAAAAUAUCACACAAUUACUUCUUUCGGAUUCAUCGGAUGUAAAUAUACGAUCAAAAUUGUCAAAUCUAUUAGGACCUUCAGUAAAGACUCCUGUGGAUAUAUUUUUAGAUUGGAGAGAUCAAAUUAUCAAAUAUUUUCAUCAGAAAUAUCAAAAUUCAAGUCAAACUAAACAAGAAUCGAAACCAAUUUUAGCUCCAAUUAAGCGCACUAAGCCAAUAAAACCAGUCGUAAAAGCAAUUUAUAAAAAUACCGAAACAAUCAACAUGUCAAGAUAUGAUGUUCAAGCAACUACUCUUGAAAAGCCAAAAAUCGAUAGAAAACAACUUUCUGAUUUACCAGAUUGGGUACGACAAUGUUUUAACGGCUGUACAGAAUUUAAUGAUAUUCAAUCCCAAAUUUUCGAAACAGGAUACAACACGGACGACAAUAUGCUUGUCUGUGCCCCAACAGGUGCUGGUAAAACAAAUGUCGCUAUGAUUACUAUUCUUCAUGAAAUUAAAAAACAUAUUAUCGAAAUUCCGGGAAUUCCACCUCACAUUGAUGAUUCUCCCUUCUUAAUUGUCUAUAUUACACCCAUGAAAGCACUUGCCAUGGAAAUCCAAGACAAGCUUAAUACCGCAUUAAAGCAUUUGAAAGUUGUUGUUGAAGAAUACACCGGAGAUACAUCAUUAUCAUCUGCACAAGUAGAGAAAUCCCAGAUCCUUGUUGCUACACCAGAAAAGUGGGAUGUUGCCACAAGAAAAGCCGGAGAAAACGCUCCAAGUAUGCGAUUGAAACUCCUAAUUAUUGAUGAAAUCCAUCUUUUAGCCGAUGACAGAGGUCCUGUCAUUGAAUCAUUAGUUGCAAGAACUCUUCGACAAGUAGAACAAACGCAGAAGCAAAUCAGAAUCCUUGGAUUGUCCGCGACAUUGCCUAAUUACACUGAUGUCGCAAAUUUCAUUCGUGUUCCUGAUAAUGGUUUGUUUUAUUUCGGUCCAGAAUACAGACCUGUUCCAUUGGCAAUGACAUUAAUUGGUGCAAAGAAGACAGAUAAAUGUCCUGACCAAGACAGCCAGAAACUAUACAAUGAACUUAAGCAGCCAGGCUACAAAGAUGAAUCAAUACAAGUUGAUGUUUUAGGUAUCCAAGUUUUGAAAGAAAUUUUAGGGAAAGGAUCGCAAACAAUUGUUUUUGUUCAUUCAAGAAACGAAACAUCGAAGUAUGCACAUAUAGUAAAUAGAUAUUUAGGUACUUCUGCAACUGAUGAAUUAUUAACACAAGCAGGAAAACGAAAUUUAAGUCCACAAUUACGAGAAACAAUUGCAUUGGGAAUUGGUAUUCAUCAUGCAGGACUUCCUAGACAAGACAGAGUUUUCGUUGAGCAAAUGUUUAGAUCUAACAUGUUCCAGAUACUUAUUUGCACAUCAACAUUGGCAUGGGGUGUAAAUCUUCCUGCUCAUUCUGUUGUCAUCAAAGGAACAAAAGUUUAUAACACAGAACUCGGAAAAAUCGAAGAUAUCGGUAUUUUGGAUGUCCACCAGAUGUUCGGAAGAGCUGGUCGUCCUCAGUUCGAUACAUGCGGUGAAGCGUAUUUGAUUACAGAAGCCAAUGUUUUGUCAAGUUACACAAAAACUUUGGUUAACGCUGAACCAAUUGAUUCCAAAUUCAUGAACAAACUCGAAGAUUGUUUGAACGCCGAAGUAUCUUUGGGAACUGUCGCAUCAAAAGAAGAUGCAAUACGUUGGGCAACAUAUACAUUUAUGUACCAAUUAGAACCAAAUUACGAAAGAACUGUUGAUUCAAUAAGAAGAGCAAUUAAAAACCUGACAAAAUAUGGAAUGGUCAGAUACUCAAAAACAACUGAAAUAUUGCAUCCAACACAUGUUGGUUUGGUUUCUUCUAUGCACUACAUUCCUUUCGAUGCUGUAAGAUUUUUGAAUGAAAAUCUUAAAGGAGAAAUGGAAGAAAGUGAAUUAAUUGACUGCGUUUUCGCUUCAGGAAUUUGUGAUUCGAUCACUGUCAGAAAGAACGAAUACAAAGAAAUGGAAGUUUAUAAGCCAGUCAUUCCUUUCGCAUCAGCUAUUGAAGAAGUAUCAGGAAAAGUCAAUUUCCUUCUCCAAACAUAUAUAAGUCGAGAACCUUUGAAGACAACAACUCUUCAGUUAGAUCAAGGUUGGGUUGCAGAUAAUAUUUCCAGAAUUUUCGAUGCGAUUUUCGAAAUUUCUGUUGAAAAAGGUUGGUGUUUCUUAGCCUCAUUCUGUUUGGACUUGUGCAAGAUGGUACAAAGAAGAAUGUGGUGGUGCAGAAUGAGAACAGAUUGUCCUUUAAUCCAAAUUAUGUCUUUUCCUCGCGAUGACCAACUUUUGAAAAGAAUUAUAAGACAAGGUUUGUCAAUUGAUGAUAUCAAACAGAUCGAUUUCAAAGAGCUCUGCAAUCUCUUGAGAGGUGAUAAUUACGCAGCACAAUCUUUGGAUUACGCCAAGAAAUUCCCUUCUGUAAGAAUGAGUUGUUAUUAUCAACCGAUUUCUGACAAAUAUUUGAAUAUUGUAAUUGAUGUCACUUUUCCAUUUGAAUGGGAUUAUAACAUUUGUUCACAAUUCAUGAACUAUAAGAUAUUCAUUGAAGAUGGUGAUGAAAAUAUUUUCUAUAUUGCAAGUGAGUUUUCCAUCGAUGAAAUUCUUGCAAAAACUGGAAUGCAAUUGAAUUACUGUGUUCCAAUUGCUCUUGGUUCGAAAUCUUACAUCAUUUCGAUUACUUCAUCUGAAUAUUUAGCAGCAGGUGAUAGAUGCACAUUAAAGAUCGAAAGAAUCAGCAAAUUAUAUGAACCAUACAAGUCAGCAUUAGUUCCUUUGAUGGCAUUACCAAUUGCUGCUUUGAAUGACAUGGAAUACAUGAAAUUCUUUGGUUUCAAGUUCUUCAAUGAGAUCCAAACACAACUGUUUUACCAAGUUUACCACACAGAUGCAAAUAUUUUGUUGUGCGCACCAAAUGGAACAGGCAAAUCAGUUAUUGGUGAAUUGGCCAUUUUCAAACAACUUCUUGAAAAUGAUGAUUCAAAGAUUUUGUAUUUGAAUCCUUUACAAAUUUCUUUGGAUGAAAAAAUAUCAAAUUGGAAAGAAAAACUUCCAGCGAAAUUCUGCUGGCUAUCAGGUGAUUUCUCCAAAGACUGUUCUUUGAUACAAAAGCAUAGAAUCAUCGCUGCAAAUCCAGAAGAUUUUGAUAAUGUGUCAAAAGUGAAGUCAAUGAAAAUCUUUUUGUUACGUUUCAAAUUAAUAAUUAUUGAUGAUAUCCACAUGAUGAACACCAACAAAGGUGCUCUUAUAGAAGUAAUUGUUGAUCGAAUGCGCAAAUAUUGCAGGAAAUUAAGAUUUGUUGUUAUUGGAAACACCGUUGCAAAUCCAAUUGAUUUAGCCGUUUAUUUCGAAGUUGAAUUGAAACAAACAUUCAAUUUCCCAUUGGAAGCACGUCCUGUUGAAAUGAAAUUCCUUUUAAGAGGAUUCCCAGGACGAAACUAUUCAGCGAGAAUGGCAUGGCUGCGAUGA